AUUGUUGAACUGAACAAAGGUUUCCAGCCCUCAGCUUUCAAAGUCCUGAAUAUGAAUCAUUAAUUUGGAGAUCUAGUGUCAGGGUUGGAGGGAAAGGUCAUGUACCUGGAGUGGGCUCUGGUUUCCUAUUGGGUGGUGUGUGUGUGUGUGUGUUUGAUAUACUAAGUGGCAAUAUCUUUCCCUUGGGUCUCCCACUCCCACCCCAGUAAGCAGAUCUGCACUUGUGUCUGCAUCCUGGAAAUAUUUCAGUUUCCCUACUUUUCCACUUUACAUGACUUACUAUUUUAUGCUUUCCAGAAAAGGAUAUACAAAACACUACCUUGACCCCCUCCUCAUUUCUUGGGUCUUGCCAGGCAAAAAUCCCCUUAAGUCCAAUUUCCAUUUGUUCCCUCUCAACCACUUUUGUUAGGUCUCUCAGGGGAGCAGUAAGCAGGCCUGAACUACUUUCACAUUCCUCCUACCCAUUCUCCCCCAGCCUUCCCUUUAAGACUAAAAAACCCUGAGCUUCCCAGAGAAGUGGCCCAAAUUAUUCCAGUUAAUACUCAGUACUCUUGCUCCCCUCAGGCCGUCUCCAAUACUCAUGAAUAGGAUCUGGAUUAGGGUAAAGUAGGGAAUCUAGGUACUUUUUUCCCAGAUCCCCACUUUUUCCUCACCUUUUUCAGGCUCCUCUACUUCCUCUCUACUUUUCUAAAAUCGUGUGUAUUCUCCUUUAAGGGGCUGGGCAUCUCUCCCGCCCUCUCAAGAGUCAACAGAAGUUUCCGAGGAGCCUCUGCUAGCUGGGCUGGACACACUUUUCAAAAGACCCCAAAUCGUGCGUGCACCCCAAUGCUCCUUUCCCUUGUGUUCUCCCCCUGCCUCCUUCCCGACUUCCGUCUUCUCAGUUACAAGCUUCAGCCUCUCCCCAAGGGGUUUGAGCAUCCUCAAAUCUUCCCACCCUUAACUGCUCCAUCCCCAGAUGGAGUCAGAGAAAUGUGGUGGGGGGGCCGGGGCCAGAGUUUCAACAUCAUCCCCAGGAAGGAGGAGCCAGAGGGGCUCUCCGGACCAAAAUCUGCCCAGGGAAGUGGGAUGCUAGAGCCCAGGACUCAUCAGCUUGGCAGCUGCCAGGCCUCUGGAUGCCUCCCAGGGGAGCAGAUCCUAGCAUGGGCCCCAGGGGUGAGGAAGGGGCUGGAACCUCAAUUGCCUGGAACCCUGAUCUGCACCAACUUGAGAGUCACCUUCCAGCCCAAUGGAUGGCAGCGGAGUCAGGAGACUCCCCUGAGCAGUGAAUAUGAUUUUGCCCUGGUCAACAUUGGGCGAUUGGAGGCAGUGAGUGGCCUAUCCCGCGUCCAGCUCCUCCGUCCAGGGUCCCCGCUUAAAUUUAUCCCUGAGGAGAUUCUGAUUCAUGGCCGAGAUUUCCGCCUGCUCAGAGUUGGUUUUGAGGCUGGAGGACUAGAGCCUCAGGCUUUUCAGUCUGAGCCAAAGGAUGGGAUGUCCUUUCCUCUACAGGUAACCAUGGCCAUUGUGCAAGCCAGAGCUCAGAGCAGUCAAGCCCAGCAAUAUGCAGGGAUAACCCUGAGCAAGGCUGGCCAGAGUUCUGGCACCAGAAAACCACCUAUUCCCCUCUUGGAGGCAUCAGAAGACUGGGAGACUGAGCGGAAAAAGCAGGGGGCCAGGGGCUGGAGGGUCAGCACCGUCAAUGAGAGGUUCGACAUAGCUACCAGCCUCCCAAAUUAUUUCUGGGUCCCUAACCGAACCCUGGACAGUGAGGUCAAGAGAGCAUUUGGCCACUUCCACCAGGGCCGUGGACCGCGCCUGUCCUGGCAUCACCCUGGGGGUAGUGAUCUCCUCCGCUGUAGCGGCUUCUACACAGCCAGUGACUUUAACAAGGAGGAUAUCAGAGCAGUAGAGUCGAUGCUCCAGGCUGGGCAUUCAGAUGUUAUCCUGGUAGACACUAUGGAUGAGCUGCCUAAUCUUGCAGAUGUCCAAGUUGCCCACUUGAGGCUGAGGGCCCUCUGCCUGCCUGAUUCAUCUGUAGCUGAGGAUAAAUGGCUCUCAGCCCUGGAAGGAACACGAUGGCUGGACUAUGUCAGGUCUUGUCUUCGAAAGGCCAGUGACAUCUCAGUCUUAGUGACAUCCAGGGUUCGCUCUGUAGUACUUCAAGUUUCCUGGCCCCUCCUUCUUUGUCCCUUCUAUCACCCAGAGCACGGUGACCGUGAUUUCAAUGGCCUCCUCUCUUCACUCGUCCAGCUGCUUUCAGCCCCUGAAGCCCGAACACUGCUUGGAUUCCAAUCACUAGUACAGCGAGAGUGGGUGGCAGCUGGACAUCCCUUCCUCACCCGACUUGGGGGAGCUGCGGCCAGUGAAGAGGCCCCAGUGUUUCUCCUCUUCCUUGACUGUGUCUGGCAGCUCCUCCAGCAGUUUCCAGCUGAGUUUGAAUUCUCUGAGUUUUUCCUUCUUGCUCUUCAUGACAGUGUCAGGGUUCCCGACACCCUCACAUUCUUGAGAGAUACUCCCUGGGAGCGUGGAAAGCCAAGUGGACAGUUUAACUCCUAUACGCAGGUCUAUACCUCAGGGUGUAUCUAUAACUCAAAGCCCCUGGCUGGAAACUCUAUUGACCUGAAGCUAUCUGUCUGGGACUGGGAUUUACGCUACAGCUAUGAACAGACACUUCAGUUCCAUAAUACUGGCUAUGACCCAGAACACUGCCCAGAUUCCUGGCUCCCUAAACAGCAGCCAAGCUUUAUGGUUCCUGGACCUCCCAGUUCUGUCUGGCUCUUCUCUAGAGGGACCCUGACUCCCCUGAAUCAGCUCUGUCCUUGGCGGGACAGUUCCUCCCUACUGGCAGUCUCUUCUCGUUGGCUGCCUCGACCUGCCGUCUCCUCUGAAAGCCUGGCUGAUCAGGAGUGGGGGCUUCCCUCACACUGGGGAGCUUGCCCUUUACCCCCGGGGCUGCUGCUGCCUGGGUAUCUGGGACCCCAGAUCAGGCUGUGGAGACGCUGCUACCUGAGGGGAAGGCCUGAGGUCCAGAUAGGCCUCUCAGCUCCCACAAUCUCUGGCCUCCAGGAAGAACUAUCCCAUCUUCAGGAGCUAUUAAGAAAAUGGACACCAAGAGUAUCUCCUAAAGAUAACUCCAAGGAAAGAGAUCCAAAUACCACUCUUUACCAGUCCCAAUGGAAUUUCUGACUUUUUCAUGGGCAGGGCAAGGGCCGUCUGGGGUGAGGGAGGGUCCUAAUUCGAUUUUUCUUAUCUGCUCUUGCUUUUACAUUGCAAUCCUCAUCAAGCUCAGUGACUUUUCAUUGCAGAUGGAUGGUGCUAACUUUCUCUCCAACUCUUGCCCUGUCCUGUUUGGGUUCUCACAACUUAUGUAUAUAUAUAUACACACACACACAUACACAUAUAUAUAAAAUUUGAUUGGAACGAAUUUAAAGAAUUAAAAAACAAAUGCUUUCUUUGCUUUUGAUGAUUUGUGAUUUGAGGCAGAAACAAAUCAGUCCACAUGAUUGCCUUUUUUUUUCAGAGCGAUUCCAUUCCUUUUGGAUAUCCAGCUGUUUAAAACUAUGAGAUCAGAGAUGCUGUUCCUCAGUCUCCACAAGAUGGCCCAGAGACCUCAUUGUCACCUCCUCUUGCUGCUGCUUUAAUUACCAUUUCUAUUUCUUCCUUUUAGUUUUACAUGGGUAUGGAGUGGAUGUGGGUGACGGACCCUGUCUUUUCCAAUUAUGUAUUUUUCUAGUGGCAUUUCUAUUUAAGAAGUUCAUUAAAGCACAGUAUUUAUACACGUUGCUAGCAUUGUUUCUUGUGUCAGAAUAAAGGAUCCUAAGGUAAGAGAGCGGUAGGUGGAGUGUGCGUGUGACCCAAGAGGAUGGCAUCCACCCUGUUAUUGCUAAGGAAGUAAGGAGAUCAAUCCGGUGAGAUGUGAAUUCUCUCCUGUAAUUUGGGACAAGGGUUGUCUUUUCCAUGCUUCCCAUUAAGCGGCGGAUGGGGCAAAAGCAUACCAAGACGUUGUUGCUGGGGUCGGGGGUGUAUUCUGAAAGUCAAACCAGAUCUCUGGGCUUCAAUAUUAACCAACCCUCAACUUUGGUCAUACUACAUCGCUGAACCUUAACUUCCCCUCACCCCUCAUGCAAUAAUGACUUCGGCGAGCUCAUACGCCUCCGCAGCUCAGAUAUUCCGCAAUCCCCUCCCGAGAG